CACAAUCGCGCGUGUGUGAGAGAGAUGCUGACCUGGCACGUGCGCAGCGCUCCUCGUGUCCAAUCGCUUCUCCGGAAUUUCUCCUCCUCCAGCGCAUAAAAGCGCGCGUCCCGCAGGUAUUUCCCGUCAUUUUUCAGCCAGAAAACGCUCACCAUGUUGAAUCUGUUCACCUUCCUGCUGGAGAAACUGGCUCUCCUCUCCCACUGGAAACUUUUCCAUCCCGCUUUUCCCGACUCCGGGCAGGAGAAGAGGGAGCGCCCGGCGCCGCUUCAGCCCCAGCCCCUCCUCCGCAGGGGCGACCUGCUGGAGGUGCCCCGCACCCUCUUCACGCACUUCGGCAUCUAUCUAGGAGACAACCAAGUGGCGCACCUCAUUCCAGACAUCCUGCCGUUGUUCACCGAUGAGCAAAAGUUGGUGCGCUCCGUCAUCACCAACCGCAGGCUGAUCCUGGGCUGCAUCUGCAAGCGCGCGUCCGUGCGCGUCGACUCUGUGGAGGACUUCGCGUACGGAUCCAGCAUCCUCAUCAACAGGCAGGACGGCGAGAGGACGGCGCUGAAGACCGAGGAGGUGGCCAGGAGGGCAGAGAAGCUGCUGGGCGAGGUCGAGUACAGCCUCCUGUGGAACAACUGCGAGCACUUCGUCACUUUCUGCAGGUACGGAGCUGCGGAGAGCCAGCAAACACAGCAGUUCUGCGAGUGUCUGAAGUCCAUCAUCCGGGACCAGCGCAGCGCCAUCGCCUCAGCGCUGCUCGGGAUCGUCUCCAUCAUCUGUUUCGGACUUGCACCUGCAACUUCUUUACCCACAAUCCUCGUCCCCUUCACGCUUUGGAUGGCCAGUUAAAGCACCUCCUUUACAAAACAAAGACUGAUAGCAAAACAACAGCUCUUCAGUACUGCGCUGCCUUACGAAAAUGCUGAAAAAAUAUUCUAGAUUUGUUAUUUUUGUGAGUCAUAUUUGUCAGAUUAUUGUGAUUAUUUGCAUAAAUCUGUGCGUCUCAAAGUGACUAACAAUUUUAAUAAGUAACUGUACUUCUGCCCUGUGU